AAAAAUCGCGCGCUGCCCGCACCCCCGCAGUCGCUCCCACGCCGCCGCCCUCCCAACUCACGCCGCCGCCCUCCCACCGCACGCCGCCCAUCCUGCUGCUCCGCCGCCGCCCAACCUGCUGCUCCGCUGCCGCCCCUCACUUCCCAUCUGCCUGUAGCCGGACCUCGGAUUGGGACGGAAGAAGCUGCUCCGCCCACCCCUGCUCUGCUCCCUUCCUGCGCCGGCUGGAUCUGCCUGGACUCCGCUUGCUGCUUCAGCGUCGCCCUACCCACUGAAGGUCGAGAUGAAGCCACAGCGACCAAGCACGUUAGUUUCCUCUAUUGCCGAAGAAACCCACCACCACACCACCACUCCAAAGAUGUCACACAACAUCUAUUCCCAUCAAGACAUCAUAAACCUGCAACAUCAUCCACUCUUCCCAGACGGUAUCCUCCUCGUGAAGCUUGUGAGGCUGGGCCCGCUGACCGAGGCGGCAAUUUCAUAUAAUUUGCUGCGUGAGUUUAUCCAUCCAAGGAGUUGGAGUUGCGAGCAGAUGGUCGCGCUGGAGAAUUAUUGUGCAUUUUGGACUGAUUUAUCCCUAAUUGAGUUUCAGCUACUACCAACAGUUCAGAAUGCUCCAUUUCUUAAUGAUAUUGCCACUCUGGCUUUGGCAACAAUGAAGUCGAAAGCCCGUGCGAUGCAAAAGCCAGAGAAGUUCUAUCUGAAAGGAAUUAAGACCAACAGUUUGAUAUAUAGACUAGCUAAAGAUUUUGGUGACACACUGUUUGGUAUCACAGAAGAUGUACUGAAAGGUGCUCAGGACUUCAAUGGGUUCCAGGCAAGUAUUCCUAGUCUGACUGAUCUGAUACACACUUUGGGGAACGCUCAGAUGGAAUUUGACAAAUGUUGUACGGAAGAAGAGCGAUAUGUUCAUGCAGAUUCGUGCAGAUUUGGUGGAACAGAAGAUCGUGCAGAUUCAUGAUGUCGAGAACGAGCUGGUGGCUGACGAUGAAGUUGAGAGCAUGGCAGUUGGGCAAGCUGGUAAUCCUGGAGCAGUGAUGGUGACGCAAGAGCUUGCUGCAAUGAUGGAUAAGCUGGCCAAUGCUAUGCGGGUGUUGCUGGUUCUUGUUGUUGGUUUAGGUGGUCUGUUUGUUGGUUAUGUGAUGAAAUCGAUGUAAUUGGUAGCUCUUAGAUGAAUGCUAGGUGACCAUGUAACUGGUGCUGUGGAUGAUGACCGAGGAACUGUAUUUUAGUUGUUGUUUAUGUUGAACCAAGAUGAAUGUAGUAGUAUCUGAAACUUGAACUGAUGUUGUGGCACCUUGAACUGAUGUCACUACAACAAAUAUGACCUUCUGUGACGAAUUUCUCA